CCCUGCAAAGUAGCAUCGCUUAGCAACACCGCAACAAGGUCGGCUCCCGAGGUUCUUUCUUCGCCGAGACUGCCUGGUAUUCACUUCGAAAGUGAAGAUGCCUAAAAAGAAAGAAAAGAAAGGGAGUGACAAAGUAGAAGAAGAGAAGAAAAAUAAGCCAGAAACAAGUGGAAGUGAAGAUAAAGACAAAAUUCUGUAUCUGACUCACAUACAAUAUUUGGACGAGCAGCUGGAGAGGUAUCAGCUGAAAUGCAGUGAAUUAGAGAAGCAGAAGAAGCUCUUUGAUUUCCAGUACGAGGCACUGGAGGCAGAGAAGAAAGACAUCACUGACUACCUGAAACGCUCGCUGCUGGAAAAGGAAGAUGAGGUGGAGGAACUGUUGGAGCGUCUGGAGAGUCUGCGUCAGGCCACUGACCAGGAGAGAGAUUCUCUGCAGCUGAAACAGGACCAGAUGAGGCAGGAACAUCAAGAAGAGAUUGUAGAACUGACCCGGGAGAACCGUAAACUUGUGACCAGGCUGGCUAGUCUAGAGGAGUUUGAAAGUCAGAGGGAACAGCUGAUGUCCAGUGUGGAGUCACUGGAGAGAAGGCUGGCCAGUGAGACAGAAGAUCACAGGUCAAACGUCCACAGCCUGGAGAUGAAAGCACUGCUGCAGAAGAAGAGUUUUGAAAAAGAGAUGGAGAGCCAUGCAGCAGCCAUGGAGGUGGAGGUGCAGAACCUGGUGAACCAGAAGGUUCCUGAAAUGACCAGACUCACCCUUCAGGAGAACACAGAGCUCAGGGAGCAGUUCAUCCAGCUCACAGAACAGGCCCAGGUGCUGCUGACGGAGAACUCAGGUCUGAAGAGUCAUGUCAGUCGACUGACUGUUGAUGUGGAAAACCUGGAGCAGAUGCUGAGUGAGGUGUCCCGCAAGGCCUGCAUCCACAAGAAGGUGGUGGAGCAGCUGACGGAGAAGUGUCAGCAGCUGCAGGAGGAGGUGAAGCAGAGCAGAGAGGAGAACCAGCAACUUCAGAACGAACAUGACAAAAUUCUAAAUGAGAUGAAAACACUGAGACAAGACGAAACAUCACUGUCUGCUGAGUGCAGUGCAAACAAGACAAAGGUGAAGCAGUUGGAGGAAAGAUUACAGGUGGUGGAGGAGAAGAAGACUCACAUGAAAAAUGUCAUCCAGGAAGCAGCCGACAUCCUCAGACAAACUCUGAUGGAGGCAGCAAUGGAGCAGAACCCAGAGGAGGACACCAGCGUCCUCCAGUGGAAACAGCUGAUGCAGAAGCUUCUGGUGGUUCUGAACAAAGCCACAUUCUCAGGCCUCUUCAGUGAGAAAGUGGACGAGCCGCAGGCGUGCAGACCUUCAGCAGACGAAAAAACAAAUCUUGGUUCAUCUACGAGUGUUCGAUUUGAACUGGCCCGUCACAGGCCUGGAGACCUGGGCUUCGUCCCACCUGCUGCACCCAAACACUUCCUGACCAAGACAAGACACAGACUCAUCCUGCCUUUGUCCAGGAAACCUCCUGGUGAGAAAACGUCCAGCCUCAUCAACUGACCGACUGAGUUAGGAGAGAAUCAGACUCAACACCUUCAAACUGUCAGUUAACAAACUUAAAGAGAAUCAUUUAAAUGAACCACAGUAAAAGUUUGAAAUGAGCCAGGAAAUAAAAGCAAGUUUUUAACAAUUCUGUUCUUAAUGCCUGUUUGGAGACAGGGCAAGAGUAAACACUGGCUGUACUUGACUGUUGUCAGCAGGUGGCACUGUGGACUGACUCUGCUGCAACUUCACAACAAUACAGAAAAAUUGUGAACAAAUAAUAAUUUUGUGUAGGACAAGUGAUUUACUGUAGUAUUGGAGGAAACGUUUGAUGGGAUUUUAGGUCCACCAACUCUAUGAUGUUAUAAUUUUGAUGUAUCCUUAAUAUUUUCCUUUUUCUCUAUAUAUAUUAUUCCAUUAUUUUGAUUAGUUACAAAUAAAACAAGAGUCAAACUCAGACCUGCUGGUAUUUUGUGUCUGUAAAAUAUACAAGUAAAACACGCACCAUGUUUAGAAAUGUAUCUUGAUUAAUCACAAUAUAUUGCGAUCAAUUGUAAUUAAUCAUUAUUACAAAUGGAGAUAAAACAUUUUUUUAUUCUUUAUUCCAUGUUUAUUAUUAUAUGGCAGUGUGUCAGGCACUUCAAUUCUCACUUGAAGCUGAAAGUCAGCGCCUUGAUGACCACGAGAGCUGGACAGAAAUAUCAGUUUACACUGAAGACAAAAACCGACUGGACGUGAAGACGAAAAAAAAACAA